AUGGAAGUCAACAAGCCUGGCAGAAAAGGAAGGCAAGGCAAACGUCAUGGCAGAAGAGCUAGAAUCUCAGGCCCACUUCAUUUGGAUAAGGAAUCGGAGGAUUUGGCUAAAGGUGAACCUUACUUGAGAGUCACUAACCUCCACCCGGACUUGACAGAGAAGGACUUGAAACAGCUUUUCAGUACUGUUGGUACUGUGAAGUUCGUCAAGCUUGAGUUAAAUACCAACGGCCAGUCUACAGGUAUUGCCUUUGUUGGAUUUGAACGUUCUCGUGAUUGUUCCUACGCUAUAGAAGAGUUUGAUGGACGUAGAGCAGCAGGACAGAUUAUCAGCGUGGAAAAUGCUGUUCCUUUGGCUGAAAGAAUAUUUGCUAUUCCACAGAAGUCCAAGAAGAAUAAGAGGGGAAGGGAGAAUAGUGAUAAGAGGUCUCGUCAGAAGAAGACUGCCGAGGAGUUGGACGAUGAGUUAACUAGGUAUAUGAACGGAGAGGGAGCUCCAACUGACAAUGACCCUCCUGCAGAUGCUCCGGAUGCCUCUGUGGAUGCCUCUGUGGAUGCUUCCGCAGAUGCUCCUCUUGCUGCUUCCCCCGCUACUGCUGAACCAUUUCCUGUUGCAAAUAAUGGAGAAAUGAACGUUGAUUAA